AUGUGUGGGAUUUUUGCUUAUUUAAACUUUUUAACGCCAAGAAAACGGAGCGAAAUUAUUGAUGUGCUGCUCAGGGGCUUGCACAGGAUGGAGUAUCGUGGCUAUGAUUCUGCAGGUACAGGACUUGCUGUGGAUGAUGAAGUGGAUAAUUCUAAAAUUGGUUCGAAAAUAACUCUUCUGAAGAAAGUUGGUAAAGUCAGCGUACUCGAAGAUUACGUAAAAGAAAGCCAUAUCUGCAACGAUGAUAUUAUCUACAAAACACACUGUGGCAUCGCACAUACGAGAUGGGCUACACACGGUUCACCCAGAGAUGUCAACUCUCACCCGCAAAGAUCAAAUACUCAAAAUGAAUUCUUGGUUGUCCAUAAUGGUAUAAUAACGAACUACCGCGAAGUCAAGGAAUAUUUGAUGAAAAAAGGCUAUGAAUUUGAGUCAGAAACUGAUACCGAAGUAAUCGUAAAAUUGAUUCAACAUGUUACAAACAAAUGUGAAGGAGCUAAUUUCCGUCAGCUUGUUGAGGCUACCAUCCAACAUCUUUUUGAACUGAAGUGGUUACUACGAAAGCUUCAUAUGUAUCUAAUUUCGGUUGUGAAUAUAAAAACUAUCACAUUUUGGGAAGGCGCAUUUGCAUUAGCAUUCAAAAGCAAUCGUUUUCCUGGUCAGCUUGUGGCAACACGACGUGGUAGUCCGCUUCUUAUUGGAAUCAAAACCACAGGAAGGCUAUCUACUAAUCAUUUUCCAGUAUUUUUUAGUAAAGCUCGUCGCUUCAUAUCUUCUGAAUACGCCAAUGAAUCGUAUAUGGAACCAUCAAUGGUUAUCGAAACAGGAUUCAAAACAAGUACACCCAUCAGAGGAGGGAAAGAGCCCAGUGAGGCGGCAUUCCAAAUUCUUGAUUAUAAAGAAGCAGAAUAUUUUGUUGCAUCUGACGCAAGCGCAAUUGUUGAACAUACAAAGCAAGUUAUCUUUCUUGAAGACGAUGAUGUAGCUGUGAUCGAAAAUGGAUCAUUAUCAAUACAUCGCAUAAAACGUGGAGAUGAAAUUCCACAAACACGUGAGGUUCAAAAUUUAACGUUGGAACUGCAGCAAAUAGUGAUGGGUGAUUUCAAAACAUUCAUGCAGAAGGAAAUUUAUGAACAGCCAGAUUCCAUCGUGAAUACAAUGCGGGGUCGUAUACUUGAUGAUGGUACGGUUGUUCUGGGAGGCAUAAAGGACUAUUUACUGGACAUUAAACGAUGCAGGCGACUAAUUUUGGUAGCAUGUGGCAGUUCGUACCACUCAGCCCUUGCGUGCCGACAAAUUAUGGAAGAAUUAACAGAACUACCAGUGGUAUUAGAGUUGGCCAGCGACUUCUUGGACCGCGAAACACCGAUAUUUCGUGACGAUGUUUGCUUUUUCAUAUCUCAGAGCGGUGAAACAGCAGAUACUCUGAACGCUCUAAGAUACUGCAAGCCACGAGGAGCACUAACAAUAGGUAUUACAAACACGGUUGGAAGCAGCAUUUGUCGUGAGACACACUGCGGAGUUCACAUCAAUGCUGGUCCUGAAGUUGGUGUUGCCUCAACUAAGGCAUACACUUCGCAAAUUUUAUCGCUAGUGAUGUUCGCUUUAACAAUGAGUGACGAUCGUAUCUCGAUGCGAAAGCGUCGUGAUGAUAUUAUCAGUGGAUUGCGACAGUUACCAGACUUAAUUCGAGAAGUUCUAAAACUUGAUAGUGAAGUACUUGAAAUAGCGAAAAAAAUCUACAAGGAACGGUCACUUCUGAUAAUGGGUCGCGGAUAUAAUUUUGCUACUUGUCUUGAAGGUGCAUUGAAAAUUAAGGAGCUGUCAUAUAUGCACUGUGAAGGAAUAAUGAGCGGUGAAUUGAAACACGGUCCACUCGCAAUGGUUGAUAAAAAUCGCAGCAUCGUCAUGAUCAUCUGCAGCGAUAAUGUUUACAAUAAAUCAAUCAAUGCGUUGCAACAAGUGCUUGCUCGUGAUGGGGAUCCCAUUAUUAUUGCUGACUUCGAUGUACCUGAAAACGACGUGAAAGGUAGACAUUCUGUGCUUCGUGUUCCAAAGACAGUGGAUUGCAUCCAGAAUAUUCUUACCGCCAUUCCUCUGCAAUUGCUCAGUUACCACGUUGCUGAAUUGAAAGGACUAAACGUUGACCGGCCACGCAACCUAGCCAAAUCAGUCACUGUUGAAUAA